AUGCAGUGCGGGAAGAGCUUCCGCCAGAACUCUCACUUAGUAAUCCACGAGAGAAUCCAUUCAGGAGAGAAACCCUGCCCUUGCCCCGAAUGUGGGAAACGCUUUGGGGACACAUCGGCCCUCAUCAAACAUCAGAGGACCCACUCGGGCGAGAAGCCCUACACAUGCCCACACUGUGAGCGAGGUUUUGGACAGAACUCUCACCUCCUGCAACACCUGAAGACACACACAGGAGAGAAGAGCUACCGGUGCGCCGAGUGCGAGAAAGGCUUCAGCCAGAAGGCUCAGCUGAUCGUCCACCAGAGAGUCCACUCGGGGGAGAAGCCCUACAGAUGCUCCGACUGCGGGAGGUGUUUCAGCCGCAGCUCCAAUCUGGUUUCCCACGAGAGAACCCACACGGGAGAAAAGCCUUAUAAGUGUCCUGACUGCGGGAAGGGCUUCAGCCGGAGCUCCAACGUUCUUAUGCACCAGAGGAUCCACAACGGGGAGAAACCCUUCAAGUGCCCUUGCUGUGGGAAGGACUUCCGACGCACUUCUCACUUGAUGGUGCACCAGAGACUCCACCACGGAGGCUUUCAAGAGUAG